UGGAAUUCAAGGACUGUCAAGACAUUCAAGUUGGCCAGGUGAUGGGUGCCCGAAAUCUCUCAAUAACGUUUAAUUAUUGCCAUUUGACAACCCUGGCGAAAAAAUAGGCAAACAACAGCUGUCAACCAGGAUAAUGACGGAUUCUGGGAUCGAAGUGCCUCUGCAGCCCUAUGCUGGACAGCUGCUCCUCAUCAAGGAUCUCGUCAUGCCCGAUACUUCUUCUAGCAAAUCCAAGGCCAGACCUUCCUUUUUCGAACGUAGUUGCGUCCUAAAAAGGUUGCUGAGGGUUUUGGCCCAAGAAUAUCCCAACGAGGAGUUCAACAUUGAGAGUGACGACCCUCUCAUUGAAGGGUUCAUGGGGGGCCUGGAGACAUUCAUGAGAUUUACGGUUCAAAAGUCCAUAGAGCAGUGCGAGCAUCGAACUGGCUAUUUUCUAUAUAGCGACGAUCGGUGUAUUAUGAAGAACGAGAUGCGAUCGACGAUGUCCUUUCUGAAUGACCUGGAACUGGCCGACUGCGGAUCCUCGGAUGACGAUAAUGACUUUUAUCGAAGACGUCGUUAUCCGGGAUCACGGGAUCACAAGAGUCACAGCAUGCAAAUGGAUUCGAUUAAUACUACGGCUCUGAAUGCUAUUGGAGCAGUCCGGAAGCGUCCUGGGGAUGGCCAAGGGGCAGAACCUGUACUCUAUCCAGGUGUCGUUGGCAAUCUGAAUCGUCCUUUUGGUCUGCGAUGCAAAUACAUUAGCAUUCGCGAUGUGAUGCAGUUCAUGGAGGAGGACAAGCGCUUUUCCAGGAGCAAUCUCCUCUUUGAAGCGUAUUUGAAAUAUAAGCCAUAAAAAUGGUUAAUUCUCAUAUUAUAUAGCAUGGAAUAAAUUAAAACUGCUUAAGGACCCUGUUUUACCAUUUCAA